AUGACGUCCAUAAUGCAAAAUGCCGUUUUCCCACGUAGUCAUGUUGGCUUCGACAGUAUCACACAACAGAUCGAGCGCAAGCUGUUGAAGAGAGGUUUCCAAUUCAAUGUGAUUUGCGUUGGCCAAACUGGUCUUGGAAAAUCCACACUGAUAAACACGAUCUUCGCUUCCCAUCUCAUUGAUUCAAAAGGACGGAUGCGACCAGACGAGCCUGUCCGAUCAACCACAGAAAUUCAGACUGUGUCUCAUAUCAUCGAAGAGAACGGUGUGCGCCUCCGAUUGAACAUUGUCGACACCCCAGGGUAUGGAGAUCAGGUCAACAACGAUAGAUGCUGGGACCCAAUUGUGAAGUACAUCAAAGAUCAGCAUUCAGCGUACCUACGAAAGGAACUUACAGCUCAGAGAGAACGAUAUAUCCAAGAUACCCGCAUUCAUUGCUGUCUCUUCUUCAUCCAACCCUCGGGACAUGCUCUGAAACCAAUCGACAUCGUCGUUCUGAAGAAACUCUCCGAUGUCGUCAAUGUUGUGCCAGUCAUCGCAAAGUCAGACUCCUUGACACUGGAGGAACGUCGUGCUUUCAAGGAGCGCAUAAAGGAGGAAUUCGCUUUCCACAAUCUGAAGAUGUACCCAUAUGACAACGACGAGUUCGAUGAUGAGGAGCGCGCCGUCAAUGCUCAGAUCAAAGACAUUAUUCCCUUCGCGGUCGUGGGAAGCGAGAAGACAAUCAUCGUGGGUGGCAAGCAAGUUCGAGGACGUCAGAAUCGUUGGGGUGUCAUUAAUGUCGAAGACGAGAAUCACUGCGAAUUCGUCUAUCUACGGAACUUCUUGACCCGCACACACCUGCAAGACCUUAUCGAAACCACUAGCCAAAUCCAUUACGAAACCUUCCGUGCCAAGCAACUUCUUGCGCUUAAAGAGAGCAGCGUUGCGGGAGGCCAUAGCGGUAGCAGACCUAUCAGCCCUGCUGCUGAUCGAGAACUGAGCAGGAACUCACAGCGGAUGACCAUGAACGGGUAUUGA